UCUCUCUCUCUCUCUCUCUCUCUCUCUAUCGUUUAGCCAAGCUUUGCCUUCGCAGACUCUGGUUAAAGAGAGUGAGAUCUCUCUCUUUCUCUCUCUCUCGCUGGGUUGAACUUGAGACUGAGAUGAUGACGGAUCUCUUGUCGGCUCGAUCUCUCUUCUCUGCGCUCGUCCUUCUGUGCGCCAUUAAUUCAGCCGCCGCCGCCACUCUUCUGCCAAAAGACGAAGUGGAUGCGUUGAGAGAAAUAGCGGACACGUUAGGGAAAAGGGACUGGGAUUUUAAUGCAGAUCCAUGCAGUAACGGCAGUGGAUGGGGCGACGUCAAAUUGCCUUACAAAACUUCUGACGCUGUCACUUGCGACUGCAAUUUCACCGACGCCGACAACAACACUGUUUGCCAUGUUAUCAGCAUAGUUCUCAAAUCUCAGUCUCUUCCCGGCACUCUCCCGCCUCGACUGUUCAGAUUGCCUUUCCUCCAAAACUUUGACGUCACCCGCAACUAUCUGAGCGGCUCAAUUCCUAAAGAAUGGGGCUCUACCAACUUGCUCAACACUUCUCUACUUGGAAACCGACUGACUGGUCCAAUCCCCAAGGAGCUGGGCAACAUAUCCACACUCUGGAAAUUUGUCGUUGAGAUCAAUCAACUUUCUGGACCUGUUCCUCCAGAGCUGGGGAACUUGUCGCAGCUGCAUCAACUGCACCUUACAUCAAAUAAUUUCACCGGGGAGCUGCCUAAAACAUUUGCUAAAUUGACGACAUUGCAGGAACUGCGACUUAGUGAUAAUCAGUUCACAGGAAAGAUACCCGAUUAUAUUCAGAACUUCACAAAUCUCAGUAUGCUGGUUAUUCAAGGAAGUGGAUUGGAAGGGCCAAUUCCCUCCGGAAUCGCACUUUUGGAGAAAUUGUCCGACUUGAGAAUAAGUGACCUUGAAGGACCCGAGUCCCAAGUUCCAUGGCUUAACUGUGCAAAUAUCACGACAUUGAUGCUGAGGAGCUGCAAUUUCAUAGGAGAGCUACCUGGUUAUCUAGCAGGAUUGACGAACCUAAAAACAUUAGACCUCAGCUUCAACAAACUGAGUGGCAAAAUCCCUGACUCCUUUAGCAGCCUGUCAGGAGUGGAUUAUAUCUAUCUGACUGGAAAUCAAUUGACUGGAGCAGUCCCUGAUUGGAUCCUGGGGAAUGCAGAGUUUGUUGACCUAUCAUACAACAACUUCACUCAUGGAAGCACAGAAUGUCAUGUACGAGAUGUCAACUUGUUCGCAAGCUUGGCGGUUGACAAUGCAACCUCAUAUCCUGCCACAAGUGGACUUGUCUCAUGUUUGAACAGUGAGCGUUGCCCAGAAAGUCGGUAUAACCUCUUCAUAAAUUGCGGUGGGAGUGGAGUAACAGUAGGGGACAUCACAUACAGCGAUGAUAAAGCGUCGGCUACAGCUUCAAGUUUCUAUGGGAGUGGAGAUUACUGGGCCUACAGUAGCACUGGUCACUUCCCUGAUGACGGCCAAGAUUCAGAUACAUACAUAGCUGAGAAUGUAUCCGUACUGUCCACGGAUGAUGCCCAUGCCCAACUUUACAUGAACGCACGGCUUUCUCCUAUCUCUCUAACUUAUUAUGGUUAUUGUCUGAUCAACGGGACCUACAAUGUAAGCCUUCAUUUUGCGGAGAUAACGUUCACAGGCAACGAAAGUUAUCGCAGCCUUGGAAGGCGAGCUUUUAAUAUUUAUAUACAGGGAAAAUUGGUGUGGGAAGAUUUCAACAUUGCGAUUGAAGCGGGUGGAGUUGGAAAGCCAGUCAUAAAAAAUUUUAAUGCCACAGUGACCAACGGCACUCUGGAGAUACGCUUUUAUUGGGCUGGGAAAGGAACCUAUGCUAUACCUAACAGAGGAGUCUAUGGUCCUCUUAUAUCUGCUAUCUCCGUCGUCAAUCCUGACUAUAAACCCCCACAUAGCAUAGCUGCUGGGACAGUGGUCGGGAUUGUGGCUGCUAUAGUUUUUGUAGUUUUUCUUAUCCUGGUUAUCCUUUGGUGGAGAGGAUGUCUUCGACGUGAAGAUGAAAUGGCACAAGAUUUGAAGGGUCUAGCGUUGCAAAUUGGUUCAUUUACCUUGCGGCAGAUUAAAGCUGCGACAAACAAUUUUGAUGCUGCCAAUAAGAUUGGAGAAGGCGGGUUUGGUCCAGUGUACAAGGGUCUUCUGCCAGAUGGCACCGCUAUAGCAGUGAAGCAGCUUUCAUCCAAAUCCAAGCAAGGAAAUCGUGAGUUUGUGACCGAGAUUGGGAUGGUUUCUGCUCUUCAACAUCCGCAUCUUGUGAAACUCUAUGGAUGCUGCAUUGAAGGGAAUCAACUUUUGCUGGUUUACGAGUACAUGGAAAAUAACAGUCUUGCUCGUGCUUUAUUUGGUCCUGAAGAAUUUCAGUUAAAGUUGGACUGGCAGACAAGGCACAAGAUAUGCGUGGGUAUUGCCAGGGGCUUGGCAUAUCUUCAUGAGGAAUCAAGGCUGAAGAUUGUGCAUAGGGACAUCAAAGCUACUAAUGUUUUACUGGAUAAGGAUCUCAACCCUAAAAUAUCAGAUUUUGGUUUGGCAAAGCUUGAUGAGGAGAACAACACACAUAUUAGCACCAAGAUUGCUGGAACUUAUGGAUAUAUGGCACCGGAGUAUGCAAUGCAUGGUUACCUCACCGACAAAGCCGACAUCUAUAGUUUUGGCGUCGUUGCCUUAGAAGUUGUUAGCGGCCGGAGCAACUCUAGUUCCCAAAAUAAGGAGGAAUUCUUUUAUCUGCUCGAUUGGGCGCGAUUUUUGAAGGAGAGAGGAAAUUUGAUCGAUCUAGUUGAUCGGAGGCUCGGUUCUCACUUCGACAAAGAGGAGGUGCUGGUAUUGAUAAAGGUAGCUCUGAUGUGUACUAAUACAACUCCAGCACUAAGGCCGGCGAUGUCAUCUGUGGUUAGCAUGCUUGAGGGCAAGGUUGCUGUUCCAAUGCUGGACUACGAGGGCGCUCUCCCGACCGAGGAGAAAAUUGAGGCCAUGAGGAAGUAUUUUAAAGGCGACGAAGAUCAUUCGGUUGGUGAGAAUACCACCAAGAGUACGUCCACCGAUGGGCCAUGGACUGGAACCGCUUCGUCUGCGUCUGCUAAUGAUCUCUAUCCAAUACUUCUGGAUACCGAUCACCGGCAGAAGAGAGAAUAAGAGAUGGCUUGUUGUGUUCUAAGUAAAUUACUUCUUGAAAGAACUAGGCGUUAUUUGGUAAUCCCAGCAGUGAAGCUCUUAAAUUUCACUUCGAAAUGCCGCUCACAUUUGAAAUUGAAGGUAUAGAUGAUAUAAAGAAAACAGCGACUGUCAUGCAUUGCUGUAAUUGUGUACUGUGAACUAAUUAUCGGGGAAAGCCUAAAGACAAUGGCUUGUGCUU